AAGAUGGCGCUAGAUGAUCCUUAUGACUACAUGCAGCAUAUAAACAGAAAUGACGCAGAAAAUCCCAAAGAACCCACUUCUCAUCAAAAGAAUACAAAAAUGUCAGAUGUUUUAUCUCUGAGAAAGCCAAAUUUAAAAAGGGACAACCGAGAAGCAGACGACAUCCAUUGCCACCUCGCGAAACAGCAGACGUCAGGUGACCAGGUGAGAUGUACUCAACGUGGAAGCUUAAACAUGAACAUUACAGAUGUUUGCCAAAAGUCACAAGCUACUGGGGAUGAGCAAAUCAGUGAGAAAUUGGUGCAAGAUGAUAUUAGAAAUGAGUUGGCAGACAAGAAGAAAACAAAGAAAGGAUUUUUCACCAAUGUCUUUCGCACAGUUCUCGCUUGUUUUGGUAUUAGAAAUGACAGGAAAGACAGGAAGUGAAAAUAGACAAUGUUACUGUACCAAUUUUUGUGUGUUAAUGUAUGACUUAUUUUGUUAAACAUAAAGUAAAAUUAAUCGUUUUUCAAAUCUCUUGAUUUUGCUUUCUUUAAUAUUUUAUUUGAAUAUAUAUUUUACUGAACAAAUCCGUAAUUUAUAGAAAAAUUGCCGAGUGGUUAGAGUCACUGACUUCGAGCCACUUGCCUCUCACCGUCGCAGGUUCGAAUAUUGCAAGAAAGUUUAAAUUUAAUAGUUCAUAUUAGGAAAUGACAUAGCUAGAUUACCAACAGCUAGUGGUUGAAUUCGGACAACCUUUUUGCCUGAAAUAAUGAACGGAGGGGCAUAUGAUACGCCGUUUUCUGUUACUAAAGUUAUAUGAUCUUUAAAAUGCUGGUGUGACAUAAAUAAAUAAAAGUAGCGGGGCAAAACGUUGAGGUCACCAAUAUGUCAAGGCCCCCGUAAAACACGUGAUGUUGCAAUAGAAAUCGUUAUCGGAUCAGAUCUUAUCAAUUUAGCUUCGUUUUCGUACAAAACAUCUAUAUCAAAUACAUUACGCAUCCCAUAUACAUCUAUGUAGCCUCGUUUCCAUUUCAAGAGUACAAAACAUCCAUAUCAUGCAAAUCACACCCCAUAUAUCCUCGUUUUUAGUUUUACAG